AUGUCAGUUCUCAGUCUCGUGCCAGAAGAGAAACGAAAAGAUCAAAGAUCAUCUUUAGAGAGUGUAUACAGCAGUAACUCCAGGCUGAAUUUGUUAAACAAACGGAAGCGCUAUACGCCGGACAUGUCAACAUCGUCUAAGGGUGAUAAAUAUGUGACACAGAGAGUGCUCUCGGCUAAAACGCAUCGUGUCAAACAACUACAAAAUCAACUGGCGGAUGCACACUAUCAUUUACAGGAGCUUAGUAACGAGAACAAAGUACUCCGGGCUUUACAAAAGAAACAAGAAAUAGCUCUGCAGAGAUACGAGAACUCAAACGCAGAACUGCCCCAGGUGUUGAACUCUCACAACGAAGAGAUGCGCAUCCAGCAGAGCAAGUACAAGCAACUGAAGGCACAGUACAAAGAAAUAACACAGAAGUUGAAAGAGAGAGAGAUGCAGCUGCAGCAGUUGAGGGACGAACACCUGCAUCUAGUGGAACUUAGCAAGGAUAGGAAUCUGUUAGAACGUGAGAAGUUACAAUCUCAAGUAUCGGAACUGAACGCGAAGGUUCAACAACAAACUGAAACUAUAAACAUGCUACAAAGACGGAUAGCGCUCGAGGCGAAGAACUUCAAACACCAACUACAGAACGAGAUGAACAAACACAAAGACACCAGGCACGAUCUAGAUCUGGCUAUAAGCAAUGCUGAUAAACUAUCUACCAUUAUAGAGAUGAAAGAGAAAAUGCUUAGCACAGUCGCCAGUAGAGGGGGUAAGUCGCCAACAAAAGUAGCGUCAGUGACUAACAUACGAUCGGUCAGCAAAAACAUACGAGAAACAGGAAAAAUGAAUGACGAACGUGACAGUGUAGUGCAUAUGGAUCAAAAUCUUUUAGCAAAACUCUGUGAGAAUUCACGAAACCUCAGUAGUUCGAUGUCACACGAAGAAGACACGAGCUCGUCGACUGAAACACGAUCGAGAUACAUCUCAAGUCGCACCUCGACCAGUAACAGAACAACUCCCAACCAAAACAGACGAGGAUCCAAAGGUUCCGGUGAAAUGAUUGAGUUGGCGAAAACUGUGCAAGAAGGAAUGGCGGACUUAGCGAUCGUUGACGAUACCUUCAAAGAAUCGACACCAGAAGAGAUACAAAAGAAGAUGGAAGCGAUGAAGCAAGAUCUUAUGAAUAAAAUAAAAAAUAACGAUGAACCUAUAUCACGGAAGUCCAGCGCCAUUAGACGGCAAUCUACAGAAGAAUCCAUCGAGGAAGAAAUAAUAGAAGUCGUAGAACGACCUAAGUCAAGAGGGAGGAGGAAUUCAACGGUGUCUUUUUACGAAAGUUCAGACACAGUCAAUUAUAGCACUGGUGACGAUAUAAAUAAAGUUCAAAAUAAAAACAGCACAGAGAGGAAAUUAUCGGGGAAACACAUCGACAAGUACUGCAACGAUAUUAUCCAAGAUAUAGAGAAAAGCAGCAAAGUGAUCGACGUCCAUAUGAAACAGUUCAGUCAGUCGAAGUUUGCUGGCGAUAAAUUGGUAGAGCAGUUACAAGCUGUGGAUAAACUAAACGAAUACGUGAAUGGAAGUGGAGACAUACCCAACGAAGCGUUCGCAGAGUUAAACAAUAACUUCAAAAUGCUGACUGACCAAGUGUUGAAUGAAGCUCCCGUCGCUAAAAAGAGGCUAUCCAGUAGACGCGGCUCCAGAAUAAAUUCAGCCAAUGACCUCCUCGGUGACGGAAAUAUGACCAAUCAGGAUCUGCUCAACGAUUUACUCGGAAAGAAAUGA